GUCGCCAUUCAGAUCUUUGGACAGUUUGAAACUGCACUUAAAUUGCGGUGUGAUAUUCGGAACAUUUAAAAAUAUAUUUUAAUUUAACAACCUUAAAGUUCUUUAUCGAGUAUUUUAAUAUUAGUUGCUAUUGUUGGAUUAUAAAAUGGUGUCGAAGAUUUUUAUUGUUGCUUUGAUUGUUGGGACCGUUAGUGCAGCGACAUCGAGGGCCAAGCUUCCUGAGAAACCUUCAGAACUGGCUCACAAAGAAGGUUGUUACAUCAAACAAAUAAAUGAUGUUAUUCCUUUUGGCACGACGAUCUCAGCUCCCGGUGCAUGUACCCGUAUCUCCUGUGGCUCAACGAUGAUAAACUAUGCAACAUGCGGCAUAGUCGCGACUGAUGAUCCCAAAUGCCACGUGACUGAGAAAGAUUUAAGUAAACCGUACCCAGAUUGCUGUCCUACGGUCGAGUGUGAUGUUGAUAACAACUUAGUUUAGACUUAAUUGUUUCUAUGUUUAGGUUUAGUUUCCUAAGCUCAGCUUAUAAACUAAUGAAGUGUGAGUAAAGAAAUAUUCUGAAUUGAUAAGUCUUAUGUGCCAUAUUUUUAUACAAAGGAGACCCUUUCAAAUAUUUUCGAAUCAUACUCAAUUAUAUCUUACCACCAAAUGUUUAUUAAAUAAGUUUUUAUUGAAUUACAAAUGGUCGUAAAACA